UCUCUACCUCCAACAUGUUCACUAAGACUGUCGUUGCCCUCGCCCUCGUGGCCUUUGCUGCCUCUGCUCCGUCUCAGCCAGCUUACGGUUAUGCUCCUCAGCCUACCUAUGAGGUCCCUGCCAAAUAUGACUUUAACUAUGCCGUGAAGGAUGACUACUCCGGCAAUGACUUCGGUCACCAGGAGGGUCGUGAUGGCUAUGACACUCAGGGUUCCUACUACGUUCUUCUCCCCGACGGUCGUCUGCAGAAGGUAGCUUACACUGUCAACGGCGACUCCGGCUACUUAGCUGAGGUCAGCUACGAGGGUGAGGCUCAGUACCCUGAGUACCAUCCUGCUCCUGCAUACAAACCCGCCCCUGCUUACAAGCCUGCACCUAGUUACCAUGCUGCACCUGCCUACAAGCCUGUCCCUACCUACGAGCCUGCUCCUACCUACGAGACCACCCCAGCCUACGCCUAAAUGAACUUUUAUUGAACAUAUUUUGUA